AUGACCGGGAAUCUAAUCGAGUACACGCUACCGGAAGUGGCCUUGCACAACGGCAAGGAGGGCAAUUCGUCGUGGGUCGUGAUACGGGACGUCGUGUACGAUGUAACGAAGUACUUGGAGGACCAUCCCGGCGGUAGCGAUCUCAUAGCCGAGUUUGCUGGAAAGGACGGGACGAAGGAAUUUGAAGAUUUCGGCCAUUCAUCGGAUGCGAUACGCACGCUGAAAACGUUACAAAUAGGAGUGUUAGUUGCCUCCGAUCAAGCUAAGAACCGUUCGGGCAGCACCCGGAAACAGGAUGAGGCGUACUUGUCCCAAGAGGAUGCCCUGAAGAGGAAGCGAAGCAAACGACGAAUGUUCAUUCUCUGCGGUUAA